GGGAUGUGAUGACCACAAAAAUAAUGAUCGUCGGGAUCGAUCCGGGAAUAACCUAUUUUUUCUUGGUUUAACAUUGUUGAACUUAGCUGAGUUGAACAUGUCGGAAUCUGUACAACGAAUGGACGAACUCAUCCGAGAUUAUCUCCUUUAUCGUGGUCUGACUAAUUCACUGAAAAGUUUUGACGCCGAAUUGAAGAAUGACAAAGACAAGGGUUUUCGAGCUGAUAAGAUCCUUGAGCAGCUUUUAGGUUUUAUUUCAACCUUUGACCUGUUGGGUUUGAAGAAUUACUGGGAGCAUUUGGAAAGGAGGAUCUUUUCUCAUCUGGAGUAUACCCAUGCUCACAAUGUCAACAAACUACGUAUCAGCAUCCUUAGGCUUUAUGUUGUGAAUGCCAUCCAGUCAAAUCGAACAGAUAAAGUGACAGAAUUCUUUGAGAAGUUGAUUCCUGAGAUUCAGAGCCAGACUGAGUGGAAAGAAUGGUUUGUGUUGCCAUACCUCAGGAAUCCGGAGCAGAGUCCAUCAUUUUCUCUCUACUUCAGCAAGCAAUGGGAGGAGACACUUAAGAUAUCUCUUCAUAACUUCCUCAGUAUCAUCUUUCAAUCUAUGCCCCUACCCAUUCUACUGAACUUUGAUGCUGAACACCAGAAGAUUGUUGAGCUUCAGGAAGAGAAUGCUAAAUUACAGGAGCAGGUUAUUAAACUCACUGAUCAGGUUGCCAAGUAUGAGGACCAGAUGGGCAGGCUUCAAGAACAGGUGAAAUUUCUUUCUUCAAGUGAUAAAUCUGAAUCACCUGAUGUCUCUGAUCAUUCCAGUAAUACUGGUCUUGGUGAAUCGCAAGGAAGUCAGCUCAGGAGUUCUCUAAAGAGCACUUCCAAGAAGUCACCAUCCCCUAACAUUGGACGAAGGCUUCUAUCCUCCUCCUCCUCAACCCCUUCAACUACGGGAUCAAAGUCUGUACCACAGGGUGUAAGGGGUGCUCUCUCCUCCCUCCUUGGGCCAAAGAAGAACCAGGACCAGUCCCAACAGGUGGCUAAGACCAAGGAAGGGAUAGGGGCAAGUGGUAGCAGUGUAACAGGUGGUGGUGGUGUGGCUGGUAGUGGUAUGAAGAAGGUAGACUUUGCUUCGAGCUCUCCUACUCACAAACCUACUGAGACCAACUCACAGAAUCAGAUUCGACUCCAGCAGCAGCAAACCCUUGAUAAACAGAGACAGGAGCUGUUCUCAAAGUCACAACAGAGUCAAGCUCAGCCAAAGACUGCAGAGAAAACACUGUCAUCAGCAAGUGGUAUAAAAGAUGUUGAAUUAUCAAGCAUCCUUUCAUUUAAACCUGAUGCAAGUCAAAGUUCACCAUCACAUAGAUCUCAACCCCCUCCUCUCACUCAAAAACCAUCCCCAAGUUCUACAUUCUACCCAGGGGAAGAAGAAAGUCAUGGAACAUUCCUAAUCCUGAGUCAAGAUGAAUACACUGAACAUCAUUCCUCUAUAACAUACAGUAGAUUCUCACCCUCGUCAACAUCAGUAGCAAGCAUGGAUAUCGAUGGAGUAGUCAAGGUAUGGAAGACGACCCCCAACCCCACCACUAUUGCAACGAUAAUGUUUAAAUCACCCUUGCUUUCUCUGGAAUGGGUGCCUAAAUCAGAUAGAAUGCUACUCCUUGGUAGUUCAGUUGGAUCUGUAAAGCUGUAUGACUGUGAAGGGAAGAAACCUAUCAAAGAAGCAGACAUGGAUCCUGCAUUCCCUAGGGUUGUAUCUGUUGCAUGCAACCCUGGUGGUACAACGUUUGUCUGUUCUGCGGCAAGCCCGGUAGGAGAGUGGGGUUCUGAUCUCAGUAAGCCAGGAUCCCCUCUUCAUGGUACAUGUAAGCUUACGGCCUUUGACCUCAAGACACUCAAAAUACAGAAGGAACUCCCUCUAGCAAGGAGUGCUGGUUGUAUAAACUGCACAUCUUUCAAUCACAAUGGCAAUCUGUUUGUUACUGGAGCUAGCGAUGGAAUGGUACGAUUGUUUGACAUUCAGCGUCAUGAGUGUUUGUUGAGUUGGAGAGCACAUCAAGGUCAGGUUUAUGCAGCUCAGUUCAGUCCUGCUGAAACAUCUGUAUAUAGUAUGGGAUCAGAUGGAAAGUUUACUGAAUGGAGUAUACACAAGGUAGGUCAGAAGCUUCUUGAUAUGCCUAUUCAUGAUGGAGCUACUGGUCCGUUUGUGGUAUCAGGAUUCGGUGGGUACCGGCAGCAGCAAAACCCAAGGGGAAAACUCUUUGCUUUUGACAGCAGCGGGAACUAUGUACUGACCUGCGCUCCCCAUGGUGGGGUUAUAUACAAGCUGAACAAAGAGAAAGGCAUGUUACGGACUUUGACCAUCCUUGGACACCGAACACCUGUUGUAAGUGUUGACUGGUGUACAACACUUAACACCGGAGUAUGCUUGAGUGGAUCAAUGGAUGGAAGAGUCCAAGUGACUACUUUACUCAGUCAAUAAUCCAAUGUAUUUAACCAAUUAGCAAUUUGAAAGCCAGUUAGAAUGAUGAAAUAUAUAGAUUUAGACCUCUGUUACACCUGAAGGGAUUACAACAUUGAGACUCCAUUCCCUUUAUUUUGUGAAAACCUCUGCAAUUUAACCAAAUUAUCUAUUAAAGUAGAGAAAUGUUUACCAAAGAUUAAGAAAAUAUCUAUACAUGGACACUUUGUAUUCCUUUUUAAGCUAGCAAACAUUUUAUAACUUCAUGAAAACAUUAAUAAUAAUGGUCAGUUUUUGGGUAGUGCAUAACACAAAACAAAUACGUCUUUAUGCGCUUCAGAAAAUAAAAGAGAGGAAGAGAAUAGGAAGAUAUGUGAUGGUGAGUUCACUUUGUUGAGGUUAGGUACAAUUUAAAUGUAUGGUUUAAGGGCUGUUUUGAAUUUGAUAACUGAAUCAAUUGUUUUCCGUGAAUUUAGGAGUUUGUUAUAUAAAACAGGGGCUGCAUGAGCAAAUGAAUGUUUGCCAUAUGUUUUGUUGAUAUUGGAGGAAUUAUGAAUAAAUUCUUACUUUGUGAAUGUAAACAUGUUUAAAAUGAAAAAGAUGUACCAAAAAUAAUCAAAUAUCAAAGUUACUCUCAUCAGACUUUGUUAAAUGCAUUGGAUUAUUGACUAAGUAAAGCAGAGGAAGGUACUCAAACUAUUGGCACAUAUUGUGCCUUGUGCUUGGAAUCUAGAUAAUGUAUGAAU